AUGCUGGGCCAAAUACUAAUUGUCUAUCAUCUUUUCACCACUUGCACGUCAGCCUGGGCAAUCAAUCGACAUGCGAUCCUAUCGGCCAAAAAGUCUUACAGCGACCUCCUUGCCCAGCCUAUAUUCGAUCCAAUCUCAAUCACGCCGAUUCUGUUCGACACAGCUGAGUCGUUGAUACGGCGGGAAAUACCUGUUAUUCAAGUGCCAAAAACCGAUCGCUUUAUUGUCGACAGGUCGGUGGGUCUAUGCUGGUCCUUUCUCCCCCUGUUGCACGAACUAUGCGAAGUUAGCGAGAGGAUGAAGACACGGUCUAGCCAGGACCUCCUUAAACAGAGUCAAGAACGGCUUUCAGAAGUGGACGACGCUUUUACGGCCGUAGAGCGAGCGAUACGGGCAUGGGAGCCGUCCGCACCGCCCACACUUUUCGAAGACUUCACUUCAAUUGAGGUCGCUGCGAUGCUUACACAAGCUCGCGUUUACCGAACCGCAGCUUUACUUCUCAUACAUCGGCUUAGAUAUCCACUGGGGGUUGAGGACGCUGUUGCGCGCUGGCAUGCCAACAUGAUCUGCGCAGAGUUGACCGGAUUCGUCAACUUAACACCUGAAGAUAUGAGGGGACUUCCUGUUGGACUUCCUCUUCUGGUGGCGAUGCUUGAAACGAGGGAAAGCGCCAGUAGUAUAAUACGUGGCUUAGGCUUAUUCGCCUCACAUCCCCAACAUCUGGCAGCCCUUGAUAAUUUCGUUGGUCUUGCUUGGGCAGCGCGGAGAGGUGGCUUCCAGGGUCUCUGGUUUGAUCUAGUCCACGUUAGCUUGCAGGUGCCUGUUGUUCCUUGA